CACAACAAGCUUGUCUUGGGGAAACACAUGGGGAUUCACAUGGUGUUUACUUCCUUGAUUUGAUUCUCUGCGGAGAUAUCACGAGGUCUUCGACAUGAACUUACAGUGCUACAUUGGUAUCGUUAUUUUGAUUGCACUGAUUUCAGUCAUUGCCGAAGAGGACGACGAUCUAGCAACACGAGAGCCGUCUCUUUGUGAAGUGUGUAAGUUUUUGGUGACCGAACUCAAGGACCGACUUUUUGAAACUGGCAAGUCUCGAGAAAUUCUUCGUACAGGCCAGGGUUUAGAAAAUAAGAAGGAAGUAAAAUAUUCUUCAUCGGAAUUACGUCUGAUUGAAGCUCUCCAGGAGCCCCAUAUAUGUGAGCGCAUUCUAGACUACAACGUCCAUGCCGAGUUCAAAGGAGCCCAGCGUUUUAAAAAGGGCAUGAGCGAGACCAUGCAGACCCUUCAUGGACUGGUAGACAAGGGUGUCCAGGUUGUGCUGGGCAUACCGUAUGAGAUGUGGGACCAGCCGCCUGCCGAGGUGACGCUUAUGCAGAGGAAGUGUUUUACAUUGGUGGAGGAAUACGAAGAUGACAUUGAAGAAUGGUACUAUCACAGGCAGAAUGAAGACCUCAUGGACUACUUUUGCAGGGAAAGAGUUCUAAAACGUUCAGAUCAAGCUUGCCUGGAUGAGAAUUUACACGGAAAGGAGUCUAAGAACCUCAAAGGAGAUGCCGGAUCUAAAGGAAAGAAGAGUGGAAAGGACAAAAUAAGAAAGACUUCUAAAGAAGAAUUGUGAUGUUUCCUCUUAAAAGUCAUGUUGCCUUGUAGUCAUUUCUUAUCUUAGUCAAGUCACAGGAAUUUGGCAUUCUACCACUGACGGUUAUGGCUGGUGUAAGUGACUGUAACCCACCAGUCUCCAAUAUUGAGCUUGGAGAAAUUUGAUUGUUAACUGAAAAAUGUAGAUGAAAAGUUUUUUUUUAUAAAGGAUGAAUACAAAUAGUACAAAAUAAGUUUGAGUAAAUGUUAUGGUUGCGCCCCUCCCUCCCUAAAAAAAACAAAACGAGAGAGGGAGGGGAGCAUUUUUUAAAUACAAGUGCCUGACAAAGUGCAUGUCUGAGUGUUUGGGAAUGAAUACUUUAUUCCUCAUUAUUACUCAAGUAUAUUAUAGGAAUGACAGUGAUAAUUAAUAAGUUGCAGUCCUCCAAAAACUUUAAUCUGGACCAUAAUAAGAGGAUAUCAUGGUUUAAGCUGGACACCAGUUAUUAGCAAUUUGUGAAAAUUUGCUCAAAAUAUCAAAAGCCAUAUUCAAGUUUAUUUAGCCAGGCAGCUAAAAAGGUGGUAGAUCUACAAACCACAAGUUAUUUUCAAAUUAGCUUUUUGGCAAAUUAAUGAUAAAAAUAUAUUCAUCAAACUGGCCUCAGUGGCGUCAUCGUUAUGUCAUUGGACAUAAGGCUGGUAGGUACUGGUUUCAUAGCCCGGUACCGGCUCCCACUCGGAGGGAGUGUUAAC